GGUACAAUGACACCGGACCAAAAUAAAUUUUUAGCCAUCCAGCACUCGGAUUUGGUUCAGUGCGUUCUCAAGUCUAGACUUUGCAGGUGCUGGAAAUAUUCAGUUGGAAAGCAAGAAAAAUAUCUGGAAUUAUUUCCGAAUCGUACACAGAUUUCUGCGGAGUUUUCAAGAAUUAAUUUCCAGGAUUUACGAUGUCUGGCGCAAAGGUCGAAUUCCUCUUCAGGUGCGUGAACCACAAGGCGUUUGGGCCCAAAUCGGUCAGCUCCUACUUCACCAGGAUUGACUGCCCCUCGAACAAGAUCCAAUCUGCCCUGCAACCUUAGCUCGGCUGGUGGACGCUCUCCUCCUCUGGUGUCGCGACUACUUUCCCGAUGUCCAACAAAAUCCACAUUAUUACAAGGAGACAGCCCUCGCCUCAAUAUACUACAUCUGUUAUGGUAACCCCUUGUGUAGCGUGACCUCUCCGGAGAUGGACAUCGCCAUCAAGUUUGCCAUGUGGCUCUGGCUCUUUGACGAUGCGAUGGAAGACCUUAGCCGCAAAAACAUCGACCCCUCAGUCUUUAAGGAGGAAACGGAUCGUAUCGGGAAAAUCACGCAGGGGUGUUUCGACCCUCAACGAGCCGCUCCUCCCCCACAAUGUCCCGCCCAGACCACCCCACCCCCACCGAGUAAGGACGAUGUGCAAACCUUAUUCUGGAAUUUUGGCAACUCUCUCUACGCCUGGCAUCAACUGGCUGGUCGAGCCAUUAUGGAAUACUCGCGUAAAAUGAGACGUUUUAACGUCUGCAUGGCCACCUAUAUGCAAGCCCUGCAGUGGAUGAAUAUUUGCCAUAUUGACGGCAGAUAUUCGGAAACGACUUUUAAAGCUUUUAGAAAGCCAAACUCUUAUUUUUGCGGGAUUGCGGAACUGUUAGCGGUACUAAAUAAUGUCGACCUUGGCGGCAACGUGGUUGAGGAUGGGAUGAUUUUCAACCGCGUGGUCGACUCUUUAACAAGCAUAGGGGCCUUCACGAAUGACGUGCUCGGUCUGAAGAAAGACUUCAAGCCGGAGGCGCACGAUAACCUCGUGGUUUUUAAGGUUAUCGAAAAAAAUAAAAAACUCGAAACUGCCGUGAACCAGGUGUGCCAUCUCAUUUCGGAAGAGGUGGCCGACUACGGGCAACUUAAGAGGGUGCUCCUCCAUCAAACGGGGGAAAAUGAAGGGGUAGAAAAAUAUUUGCAGGUUUGGGAGGCCUUGCUGCACGGGCAUCUUCGCCUGUACGCGGAAUGUACGAGGUACCGGUGUUGUGGGGAGGUUACCAUUAAUUAGGGAUUAAUUGUAUGAAAUUUCGAAACCCGAUUUUUUUUAAUUACGGAAAGGGUGGGCAAGAAACUAUUUAAUUUAAUAUUUAGUUUGGAAAUCCGAAAUUUUUUCUGUCCAGCCCAAGUUUGUGAAGUUACUGUGAAGCUACUUCUAAAUUAAUUGUCUUGAAAAAAAUCACAAAUUCCAAAAUAUAUUUGAAAUUUUUGAUAAUGGUAAAAAAUCGGUUCAAAACACUCUAAAUUUCACUAAAUUACCGCGUAGUCCCUUCGUACUCGCACCAACGAAAGAUGAUAGCCUUUUCAAAAAAUGCAACCUACUGGUCAGGAAAUUGGACAGUAGUACAUGAG